UCUCGGUGUUUGUAAAUAAUAAGUGAUGGCGUCAUUAUGAGAUGAUUUGGCUUUUUUAAAAAUUCAAAAAGAAAACUAAUUGAGGUUCUAAAUAUCAGAACAUCUGAAUUUUAUCGAGGGUGAGAUAUCAGACGAUAAUUGAAUUCAACGUCCUCUUGGCAGGCAUUAGUCCUUUAUUAGCUGAAAAUUCUCCUGGAAAAAGUUUUUAUUAGUAUGACUACUGCUUUAGAAGAAUAUCCGGUAAUAUCUUUGUUACCCAAAAAAGAAACCGGAGUAAUUUCCUUUCUAACAAAGUAUCCUGAAUACGAUGGAAGAGGCACUACUAUAGUAAUACUUGAUUCUGGUGUAGAUCCUGGUGCUCCGGGUUUACAGACUACUACCGAAGGACAUCGAAAAAUUAUUCAUCGAUUCGAUUGCAGUGGUUGUGGAGAUGUCUCUACAUCUACUGUUGUUAAAUCAGUCAAUGGUGUCAUUACUGGUCUUACUGGAAGGAAGUUGAAAAUACCUGAGAAUUGGCACAAUCCUACAAACUCUUAUAGGAUUGGAAUAAAACAUGCUUACUCCUUGUAUCCUAGAUCCUUACAAAAAGAGAUGAGGGCAAAGUAUUUAGAAAAAAAUUGGCAAAAUGUUAAUUGGGAAAUUCUAGCACAAACAAGGAGAGAAUUGUCUGCUUACGAUGAUAUUAAAGAAUCUUCAAUAUCAGAGGAAAUUCUUAUGAAAAAACAAAAUCUUGAGGCUACUCUAGAAAUUUUGAAUAAUUUUGAAAAAAAAAUGGUUGAUCCAGGUCCAGUUUAUGACUGUAUACUUUUUCAUGACUCUAAAAGGUGGAGGUGUUGUGUUGAUACAACUGAAAAUGGAGAUCUUGAAAACUGUCCUUUAUUAGGAGAGUAUAGUCUAACUGGAGAUUAUGCAUCACUUACAACGAUAUGCAAUUUGAAUUUCAGUUUUAAUGUACAUAAUAAUGGAGAUAUAUUAGAACUAGUUGGUCUUUGCUCUUCCCACGGUACUCAUGUAGCAUCUAUAGCUGCUGGUCAUUUCCCAGACAAACCAGAGGAAAAUGGAAUUGCCCCAGGUGCAAAGAUAAUUUCUUUGACCAUUGGAGAUGGUAGAUUGGGUUCUAUGGAAUCGGGAACAGCUCUUGUUAGAGCUAUGAUUAAAAUUAUGGAAUUGUCAAAAACUGAAAAUAUUGAUGUGAUCAAUAUGAGUUAUGGGGAACAAUCGCAUUGGUCGAACUCAGGGCGUAUUGGAGAAUUAAUAAUAGACAUUGUCAAUAAAUAUGGUAUUACUUGGGUUGUAUCAGCAGGUAACCAUGGUCCAGCGUUGAACACCAUUGGUACUCCCCCAGAUAUUAAUAAAGAAGUUCUUAUUGGAGUGGGAGCAUAUGUAUCACCUGAAAUGAUGGUAGCCGCUCUCGCCAUGCGCCAAAAAUUACCAGGGGGACUCUAUACAUUUUCAUCGAGAGGUCCCACAAUGGAUGGUGGAAUGGGUGUGACUAUUUGCGCACCAGGUGCUGCUAUUACUUCCGUUCCUAAUUUCACACAGGCAUAUGCACAUUUAUACAAUGGAACUUCCAUGGCCUCGCCUCAUGCAGCUGGUUGUAUCAGUUUACUGAUCUCCGGGCUCAAAAAGAAAGAUGUAACUUAUUCACCUUACAGUAUUAAAAGGGCCAUUGAGGCAUCUGCUACUUAUUUGAAAGACACCGAGGUUUUCGCCCAAGGUUGUGGUCUAGUGAAUGUUGAAAAAACGUUCGAUCAUCUGACGACGCAUUACAAAGCCAAAGACAUAAAUGUUCGGUUGGAUGUAACUUGCGGAGAGAACAAGGAAAAAGGAAUAUUCGUAAGGAAUAAGUUGAAUGUUCCGAAUUUUGUUGAAAAUGUAAGCAUUGAACCAUACUUUUUGAAUAGUGAUAAUGUACCGGCUGAGGUGAAGCAAAAUUUCAAUUUGAGAUUAGCUAUAACGCAUGAUGCAAGUUAUGUUAAGGCACCAACAUAUUUAGAUCUUUCGAAUUGCUCUAGAGAAUUUGAAGUGAAAGUUGACACUAGUGGACUUGAACCAGGUGUUCAUAACACGUUUAUAACUGGUUAUGAUCGAUACAAUAUCGAUAAAGGACCUAUGUUCAGAUUACCAAUUACUGUUAUAAUUCCCCGUUUUGUACAAAAGCCUAAGUACUCUCUAGAAUUCAAAGAUGUCAUUUUUGAACCAAACACAAUUGAAAGGAUUUUCGUACAUGUACCGAAAAGAGCUACAUGGUUUCAACUUAAUAUAUCGAAUAAGGGGGAAGAAAGAGGUAGUUUUAAUAUUCAUGUUCUGCAAAUCAUUCCAAAAAAAUGGUGCAAGGCUAUCGACUUCAAUAAGAGAAUCACGAUUAAUUCAACACAAGACUUGGCGAUGGCUUUCAAAGUGUUGGGCGGGUACACUGUGGAAAUAUGCAUUACCAAACGUUGGUCCAGCGUAGGAAGUAUGAAAUUGGAUUACAAAAUCAAUUUUCGGGGGAUUUUACCUUCCUUGAUUAGCCCAACGAUGCAUGCUGCUGAGGGGAUUCUGAGCAUGGAAUUGAAGACUUUACACAAUGAAGAGAUAAUUGUGCCUUCUAUUGUUCUUAGCCAUUCGAUUAUGGUUGUGAGGCCUAAUGAUGCAAAAAUAUCUGCUUUGACAAGUCGUGAUGUUAUUCCCCCAACAAGACAAAUUUACGAUCUCUUGUUAACUUAUACCUUUUCUCUUACCAAAACAACUGAUGUGAUACCGAAUUUAGCUCCAUUGAGUGACACACUUUAUGAGAGUAUGUUCGAAUCUCAAUUGUGGAUGCUCUAUGAUUCGAAUAAACAACUUAAAGGCUGUGGAGAUGCUUAUCCAGACAAGUAUUCCUUGAAACUGGAUAAAGGUGAUUACACAAUACGUGUUCAAGUAAGGCAUGAAAAAACUGAAUAUUUGGAGAAGUUGCGAGAUGUUCCCAUCCUUCUACAACUGAAAUUGGCUAAUACUAUUCAUGUCGAUGUGUACUCCAGUUACAACAAUGCUCUUAUUGUCGGUAAAAAAGCAACGAGUUUCUCCUCUUUGAGAUCACAACCUGUUACCAUUUAUGUUGCCCCCAUACCAUCGGAAAAGUUACCCAAAAAUGGUGGAACAUAUUUAACUGGAAAAAUUAGCUAUGUUAAGGAUGAAAUUGCUAAAGAAAUAGAUACAUAUCCUUUCAAAUAUAUAAUGGCAGAAGGCAAUAACAAAAAAAAUAAUAAUGGUUCUUCUGAAAAAUCGAAGAUUGAAGAUAUCAAUGAACAUAUGCGGGAUAUGAAGAUACAAAUGCUUUCUAAGUUAGAUCUAACAGCUGCUGAGAAAUUAUACGAAGAUUUGUGCAAUGAUACUAUCGCAAAUUCCAAUUUGAAUUUAUAUGCAAAUUACUUAUCAAAAGUUGAUACUUGGGAUCCCAAAAAUUCACUUCCGUCCUUCAAAUCAAAAAAAGAAGACGUUGACAUGGAAAAAAUUUGUGGAAUUAACAGCAUUUGUGAUAAAAUAUUGGAGCUUAUCGAUGCUGAUUCACUCUUAAUUAAUUUUGCAGUUAAAACAGAUGUCAAAGCAGAUCCAGCCAAAACUAAAAAGUUGGAAUCUCAAAAGAGCACUUUGAUUGACGCUUUAUGCCAUAAAGGAAUUGCAAAAUGUCGUUUACUGCCGGCAGAAAAUGAAGAGGAUGAGCCGAAGAUACAUACAGAAAUUUCUGAUAUUUGGAACUCCUUGAGUAGAUUUGUUGAUCUCAACGAGUCAACAAUAAAGUCCACCAAUGUGCUUUACUUUUUGGUAUGGUAUACUUAUGUCAGAAAAUAUUAUGGCAAAACUUUCAAGUACCUGAUUAGAUUGCAAGAAGAACUUCGACAGAAGAUAAUUGAAGAAAAAUUGAUCGAAUUAAGUAGUUUGAAUGAAUGGCCUCACGUUGAAAGGCAUUUAAGAAGAACAAUCCAUUCAAAAUUCAGAAAUACUUAUGAAUUGUUUUAAGAAUUCUUUUUAUUCUUAAAUUUAUUUGAGUGGUCCAGAUGUUACUGAAAAUUUUGUUCUUUUUUUUUUUUGAAAAAGUGAUUAAUUAUAUACAUUUUUCAAAUUGCAA